CGGCAGCUUCAGGUUGCGCAGGAUGUGAGAGAUGGAUCAAACAGGGAGAGACUUGAAAAGUUCUCUUCGUCCGAAGAUAAAUCAAACGGUGUUGGUGCAGUAGAGGCGGCGAUGUUGUCUUUGUCCGUAGCUGCCGAAAAGAUGGAUCCCUCACAUUUUGCGACUUGCCUCGACGAAGUAUUGAACGAGGGUUGGUAUCUCCCGGAGACGCAGAUGUUGGAAUUAAUCGAUUACUAUGGGAAUGGAUUUUCCCAUGUAUCGUUUCAAUGGGUCACCAUGUUCGAGGAGUAUCCUUUAUCCAAGCUCAUUGAUAUUCCGAUAUCUCUUAUUCCUAAGCCUCUCUACGAAAAAUCAAUCGAUUUCAUCAACACACUUCCAUUCGACACACUAUCUGCCUUUGUACUAUGGUCCUCUGAUCUCAUUCUCACUGAAUGGCCUGGAGUUGUCAAAGUUGAACAACGUGGCAACAUUUGUUGUAUUGGCCAUGGCGUUGCGUACUCAACCUGAUGCCUUGACUCUGGUUUUAACAAAUAUGAAGGAGAGACCUACAUAUCAAGGCCAGGACAAGCUUCCGGUUAUAAUUUGGAUGAUGGCUCAGGCCUCCCAAGGUGAUUUAUCUGCUGGCUUGUUUUCAUGGGUACAAACCUUGCUGCCACUAGUCGUUAACGAGUGCUGCAGCUCUCAGGCAAUUGAUCUCAUCCUGCAAUUUGUUGAGAUGAUUUUGUCCUCGAAUCCAGAGUCUCGGGCUGUACUCCUAAACGAACCUGUUAGGCAUGGAGUGCGACUGAUUCCACCUUGUUCGUUUGAGAUGUUGGUGCGGCUUACAUUCCCUCCUUCAUCCGCUAGAGUAGAGUCAACACAGAGGUUUGAGGCUAUUUAUCCCUUGUUGAAGGAAGUAGCCCUUGCACCAGAUAUUAGUGCAAACGCACUGAAACAGAUAUUCACUUUUUCCUUGAAAUUAGCUGGUGGACAAGGAAAUCCUGCUCUGGCCAAUGAAGCUACAGCAAUCGCCAUCAGUGUUUUGACACAAAACGUUGAUUGCUUUAAGCAAUGGGAUGUUCUCUACAAAGAGAAUCUUGAAGCUAGCGUUGCUCUUCUUAAUAAGCUUGUAGACGAAUGGAAGGAUCAUUCCCUCAAACUUUCAUCAUCGUCGAGUGAUACUCUCACUGUCAAGCAUGCUAUGAACAGCUUCAGGAUGAAGAACGAAAAAGCCAUAACUGAAGGAGUAACUAGUCUUUCUCUUUACAAAGAAGCUGACAAGUCGUGCAAACUGAUAUCGUGGAGACUCUCAUGUGGCCUCAGAUUAGCAUCCUUGACCACAAUGGUUAUAGCAGCUGCAGGAGGCUUUGCUGGAGCCGCACUUUUUCAAUCUAUCUUGCCAAUUGUAGGGGAUGGAUUUCACCGUCCCUCAAGGCCCAAAGAAUAGACGGCCCGGCCCGUGAAAGAAGAAAUAACGGCCCGGCUUGAUAACUCUGAUCGACGGCGUCUGGGCGCGAUUCAGGAGUACUUUCGAUCAUCCAUCGACUCGACGCCCUUGGCUUGAUGACUGCUCAAGAACGAUAUGGGUCUCUCGGCCCAACGAGUAAAAGGCCCAUACGAACGACGCAAACUAGGUCACGGAGAAGCAUCAGGUCGAGUAUAUAAGGGAAACAUGAGACAACGGAAGGGGGAUCCAAAAUCAACUACACACACACCCUAAGCGGCUAGAUUAGGGUUUUCACCUACAUCUCGUCUCGUUUAGUUGUACCUUUCCGGUUAAGCUCUCCGAGCUCCGGUUUCCUUUCUGUCACUCAUUUCCAUACUUUGUAACCGACCAAACACUUUUCCGACCAUCAAUAAGACGUCUUUGCUUAAACCCACAUCUUAUUUUAUAUUUAUCGUUUCCCGUUCAAGCAGUUGGCGGCCACCGUGGGGCAUCUAGCAAAGUAACGUCGACAAGAUGGUUACGAGCAACGAUGAUUCUUCGUCCGGCGAAGAACACGAAGAUCGUGAAGCAACGCUCACACCGGUUAUGGCGACCUCAGCGCCGUUGCCACCUGCCUCCAUAGACACUAUCAUGGCGCGCCUCGCUCAACAAGACGCGGCUCAGAAAGCGGCGGCCGACCAAAUCACGGCUCUCGCCAAAAUCCUCGCCCCCCUCGCCGCGAAUGUUGAAGCCUCGAUGGUGCAGUAUCGACGACAUCUGUUUAACACAGACCGAGAAACUGGCGCCGCGCCAGCCCAGGCUGAAGACCAAGAAAUCAACGACGGCGAUACGGCGCAAACCCCCUGUGGCUUCGACACGCUGACCAUAAACGAGCUCGCCGCGCUAAAACAGUCCGUCCUCGAUAUCAACUCUAAAAUCCAUCACGUGACGACGUCAGCGCCGCAAAUCGAGCGCGUCCUCGCCGAAUCCCUCCGCACGCCGUUCACAAAAGAGAUAACUAGGGUUCGACUCCGAAAGAUGGAAAAACUCCGUCUUCCGACCUUCGAUGGUGUUUCCGACCCUUCCGUUCACGUCACAUCCUUCAACAUCGCGAUGCGACGUGCAAAAUUUUUCGACGAGGAGAAAGACGCCGGUUUUUGCCAACUUUUCGUCGAAACCCUAAAACGAUCGGCCCUCAACUGGUUUAUCGGUCUCAAAGAAAAAUCAGUCAACUGUUUUCACGACCUCUCAACGGCCUUCCUCAAGAACUAUAUCAUGUUUACUCGCCAGGAAGCCACAGCCUCAUACCUCUGGAAUCUCACUCACGCCAACGGUCAAAGUCUCCGGGAUUUCAUGGAGAAGUUCAAGGCCAUCGUCUCAAAGGUCGAUGUCCCAAACCAUGUGGCGGUCGAAUCGUUAAUGAACACCCUCCACAUCAAAUCGCAGUUUCGAGCCGAUCUUUACCGAAGCACGACGAGGUCGGUAUCCGACGCUCUAGCCCGAUCCCACAACUUUAUCCGCAUGGAAGAAGAUACCAGGGCGAAGGUAGCCAAAGACGCAGCGGGGAAACAAACGUCCGCUCGAACUAACGAUACCCGCUCGGAGCCUCGACAGCACUCUUCCGUUGGGAAAGCCAACCAGAAGAAAGGCUAUGUUAGCGCCGGCGAUGACGAAGAACCAUCAAGCUCCGCGGCCGUUGUGCGAGAGAAGGGAUGGAAUCACUGGGAUCGAGACUCCACCCAGAAAUCACCAAGCUUCUCCGAGCCGACAUGCUCGAACUCCACAAAACCCAACAAGUGGUGCGCGUACCACAAAGUAUGAUCACACGACACAAAAGAGUGCAAAGUCCUUUUCGGGCAGUUCCUCGAGUCACUCGACAGCGGCAAAAUCGAGAUGGCACCUCCCCCGCAGAAGCCAAAGAAUAACAAGAGCUGGAGCAAAAACAAAGAGAAGAAGGCUCAGAAAUCUCAAGGCAAAGCUCCCCAAGACGAGGAGAGGACGGGUCCGGAGGAAGCCCCCGUGAACAACCUAAAUCUCGAAGAUGAGUCCACCGACGAUGAGCGGUCGAGGAAUCGGCGACAAGUGGAGGUGAUACUUUCUCGGCCCUGCAGCUCGUCCGACGACGAGAUCCCACGCAUGGUUCCUGACCUGCACGACAAGUUGAGGCGGGAAACGACGCAAUCUUUCUCCACCAAAACAUAUCCCGCAGACCUAUGGAUCCUCCUGAAGAGAAAGAUCACGACGGACGAUUCAAGCCUCCGACCUUCGCGAAAAGCUCAACUCGAAAACCGACGACUUGCGGGUUAAACUCAAUCGGUCAAAGGGAUCCGACUUAAGGCAUUGUCUCGAGGCGAAGAAACAACACCUCGAAACAGAUUCGACAGACGGGAGUCCUACCGACCUACGAACGCAACUGGAGAUGAUGCGACCCACUCGCACACCACAUCUCAACGUUAUAAUGGGCGGCUCACCGCCCUGUGGAGACUCGGUCCGUGAAGGAUUAUCGACGAUAAGCCACCACCUCGCAGAAGUGGCCUUCGCAAGACGAGAAUGAUCAUCAGAUCACUUUCUCCGCUACCGAUACUCGCGGCAUCCAUAUGCCGCAUAACGACCCACUCCUCAUCGAUAUUGGAAUCGGUGAAUGCCAAGUCACAAAAGUUCUCGUCGACACUGGCAGCUCAGUCGAUCUAAUCUUUCGAGAUACACUCGAUAAGAUGGGGAUCGAUUUACGAGAUAUGAAGACAUCUUCUCGAACCCUCACUGGUUUCAACAGAGCCUCAGAACAGAUGAUCGGCACUAUUCGCCUCCCAGUUUACGCAUGCGAUGUGGUUCGAACCAUUAAGUUCUCCGUCAUUCGCACCAAAGCACCUUAUAGCGCCAUCCUCGGGACACCCAUUCCCUCGACUUAUCAUCAAUGCGUUAAGUUCCCUGGAAAGGAUGGCACCACGAAGACGAUCCGCGGGCAUCAGCGCGCCGCGAGGGAACUGCUCAUCGCCACAGUUAAACUGCAACGUUCAACUUCCCUCGUCAACUCGGUCGCCAAACCGUUCCACAAAAUCUACCCCAGAAAGAGGAAAUCUGCGAGGUUCCUCUCGAAGAAUUUGAUCCAUCAAAAGUCGCGCGCGUCGGAGCGUUUCUCUCCGACGAAAUGCAUACGCAGAUUGUCUCUUUCCUCAAGGAAAAUGCUUCGACUUUUGCAUUGACGAACUCGGACAUGAAGGGAAUCGACCCCGCGGUGACCUCUCACGAAUUGAACAUCGAUCCUACGUUCAAACCUAUCCGACAGAAAAGACGAAAGCUGGGACUAGAACGAUCUAAAGCUGUGAACGAAGAAGUCGAUCGUUUGCUAGACGCGGGGUUCAUCACCAAAGUACGGUACCCCGAGUGGCUAGCAAAUCCCGUUGUUGUGAAGAAAAAGAACGGGAAGUGGCGCAUUUGCGUCGACUUCACCGAUCUCAACAAAGCAUGUCCCAAAGACAACUAUCCGCUUCCUCACAUCGAUCAUUUGGUGGAGUCGACGGCUGGUAACAAGCUCUUGCCUUUCAUGGACGCAUUCUCGGGAUACAAUCAAAUCCUGAUGCACCCAGACGGCCGCGAGAAAACUGUUUUCAUAACAGAUAGGGGGACUUAUUGCUACAAAGUCAUGCCAUUCGGCCUGAAAAAUGCUGGAGCGACCUACCAUCGCCUAGUGAACCAAAUGUUCGCCGAGAAGCUCGGCGACACCAUGGAAGUCUAUAUUGACGAUAUGCUUGUCAAAUCCCUCCAUGCUAAGGAUCAUCUCGCUCACCUGCGAGACUGCUUCGACACACUGAAUGCAUACGAGAUGAAGCUCAACCCUGCAAAAUGUACUUUCGGCGUCACCUCGGGAGAGUGCUUAGGAUACAUCGUAACUGAUAUGCCCCGGUUCGAGUAUCAGUCCAUCGGAGCCAACCAGCAUGGAGAUUAGGACGUUCAGCUCAUAUCAACCGAGAUUCGUUCAUCCGACCGUACCGAUCAGACUGACCGAGCAGUCCCGCGUACGUCCCAAUUGAAGCUCAUACAGGAACCAUGACCAGACGACCGAAUCCCCCGAACUGGAGCUUGACUUUCCGUACUGAUUUGCAUUCUAAGAUCAACGAUCAAGACAAAACUGAAUUCGAACGAGUGGAUUUCAAGAUAGACCAUGCAACUUCAUCUCUGGCUAGUUCGGACUGUACUGGCUCGCGUACUGCCCUGUCCGCAGGACAUGCUUCAAGAUAAUUGAACCUGGACAAAUAUUCAAGCUGUCGUCCAGCUGUUGCCCUGCUGUUGUCCAGCCCAUUUUCUAUCAUUUUCUAUGUCUCUUUUUCAUGUAUUUCUUUUAUUAUCUUUGACUAGAGAUUCCUAUAAAUAUGUAAUCUCUACAAUGAAUAAAAUCAGUUCAUUUUGGUUGUUUAUUUUCGUUCUUCUUCUCUGAGUGAGAGAGUUUGUAGCUUGUUCAUCGGUUUGAACCGGCUCGUUGAUUUGGUGGUCAGCCAAUCAUCUUUUUGUGUCGUUUGGUGGUUAGCCAACACACCUUCAUCGUUUCUUAGGUGGUUAGCCUUAGAUCGUGGUAUAUCAAGAGCCAUUCCGCAUCUCUUGACGAUCCAUUCCGCAUCUCUUGACGAUCCAUUCAUUCCAUUCCAGUUCCAGAAGUGCCAUCUCCUUCUCGGUUCUUAUCAAACACCCGGCCAAAGCGAUCCUUCCCGUUUUGGGCGUAUCAACUUGGUAUCAGAGCCACUUUGGCUGGUUUGUUUUCUAUCUUCUUUUCAUCUUCUCAUCUCGUCAUCAUUUUCUUUUCUUAUUUCUUUUUGGAUCCGGGUUGUUCCUUUACUCCCUUGUGAUCGCCAUUUAAAAAAAAAAACGAUAAAAAAAGAGAGUAAAAAUUUGGCUUGAAUCUCUUCUGAAGAGAAAUCCAGGGGGAGUGGUGGAAGAGAAACCCUGCUGGCUGAAGAGAAACCCAGCCUUAGGACAGUUAAGGCGGAUCCACACAAAAAUAUCUCUUCGUCUUUCUUUAUCUUUUCUUUUUUCCCACAAAGUUUGUUUUGGGUUUUGAUUGCUUAAUCUUGUCUGUCUAUCAUCCUUUGAACCAGUGAAAGAACUCUGUGUGAUCACCUAAAAAAAUCGAGAGCUAAACACUUUGUGAGUGUGAGGGUUUUUAUUUGCUAACCUUUUAUUAAGUGUUAUCAGGAUGAUUGGACUUCACGGGAAAUCGAAUCUGGCUUCAACCCCACAACAAGACGUUUUUUAUCCCUUAAGAAUCGUGUUUGAAAAAAAAAAUCCAAACGAUUUUUGGAGAUAAGAAACAGUUUGUUUCUAAUGGGUUUGAUGUUGUGCAUAAACGAAGGAAGAAACAAAACAUGUAUGAUAAUGAGAAGUGGCUCAGAAGUGGUGAUCGUCGCUUCACCAAAACCAAGAGGAGCAGCAGUGAUGUGAUUGACUAGAACGAAAUUCAGACUUAUGCUAGCUUGGAGAAGAUGUUGCAUAAGGCGAUUCAUGCUGUCCGGCAACUCAAAAAGAAGGGAAACACCUACACUUCAUCAGCACCAAAACAGCAAUGUAAGUCUUUUUAUCUUUCAAAUUCUGAUUUGAAAACUAAUAAGAUUUCUUUUGAUAAAAGCAAAGCUGUGAAAUCCACAAGCAAGGUUCUUUCUACCAGGUGCUUCAAAUGCCAUAGGGUCGGUCAUUAUGCCAACAAGUGCCAAAAACAGAAACCGUUGGUGACUUUGGAGAACGUUGAAACCGAGCCAGAAAAAGAAGUAUCUUUGUCCAUCCAAAAAUUUGAGGACAAAUCUUUUUGAAGAGGAAGGGAAUGAUACGCCCCGGUUCGAGGAUCAGUCCAUCGGAGCCAACCAAUAUGGAGAUCAGGACGUUCAGCUCAUUUCAACCAAGGUUCGUUCAUCCGACCAUACCGAUCAGACUGACCGAGCAGUCCCGCGUACGUCCUGAUUGAAGCUCAGACAAGAACCACGACCAGACGACCGAAUCCCCCGAACUGGAGCUUGUCUUUCCCGUACUGUUUUGCAUUCUAAGAUCAACGGUCAAGACAGAACUGAAUUUGAACGAGUGGAUUUCAAGAUAGACCGUGCAACUUCAUCUCUGGCCAGUUUGGAUUGUACUGGCUCGCGUACUGGCCAUGUCCGCAGGACAUGCUUCAAGAUACAUUGAACCUGGACAAAUAUUCAAGCUGUCGUCUAGCUGUUGUCCAGCCCAUUUUCUAUCAUUUUGUAUGUCUCUUUUUCAUGUAUUUCUUUAAUCAUCUUUGACUAGAGAUUCCUAUAAAUAUGUAAUCUCUACAAUGAAUAAAAUCAGUUCAUUUUGGUUGUUUA